UGAUGGAGCAACCAGCAGCUGGACUCAACACAUGAAGACAGAAGCUGAUGGAGACACCUGUGGAGGAGCAGAAGCAGCCAGUGACUUGGAUACACCUCUCCUCCCUGACCACCAGAGGUCGCCUUGUUCUGACACUGUUGACAGUGAGGACUGGAGAGAAACCAUUGACCCUGAAUCUGCUUCAAAUUCAAUGGAGGAUCCAAAUGUUCAUGUCAGUGGUAAGAAAGAUGAUGCUCUCAACACACUGAUCUGCUCUGGGUGUGGGAGGAAAUGCUCUUCGAAGUCUGAACUGAUUGGACACAUGAAAUCCUGCAGCGGAUCUUUGAGUUGUUCGGUUUGUGGAAAAUGUUUUGAAAAGAAACGUGAUCUAAAAAUCCACAUGAGACUUCACACUAGAGAUGCACCUUACAACUGCUCCUACUGUGGUGAGAGGUUUACCCAGCGUGAAACUAAGGAAGAACACAUGAAGCUUCACGCUGGAGAAAAACCUUUCCAGUGCUCUCAGUGUGGUAAAUGCUUUAUGCAGCACUAUUACCUGAAGGAACACAUGAAAGUUCACACUGGUGAAAAGCCUUUCAGUUGCUUGCAGUGUGGUAAAUGCUUUUCACAGAAGGGGAAUCUGAAUACUCACCUGAGACGUCACUCGGGUGUAAAACCGUUCAGCUGCUCUCAGUGUGGUAAAAGUUUUGCUCAGAAACAUGACCUAAUGGGACACAGGAUAGUUCACACUGGUGAAAAGCCGUUCACCUGCUCUCAGUGUGGCAGGUCAUUUGCUCGGAAGUGUCACUUGGAGGGACACGAGAGAAUUCAUUCUGGGGAGAAACCUUUUGUUUGCUCACUGUGUGGUAAGUGUUUUAAACUGAAACCUUACCUGAAGUGUCACAUGAGAGUUCACACGGGAGAAACACCUUACGAACGCUCUCAGUGUGGUCAGAGUUUUGCAGAGCGUGAAACUUUCAGAUGUUCUCAGUGUGGAAGAUCUUUUGCUCGGAAAUGUGACCUGCAGGGACACAUGAGAUUUCACGUAGUAGAAAAAGCUUUCAAAUGCUCUCAGUGUGGUAAGUGCUUCAAGUACCGUACAACACUUAACGCUCACACAAGAAUUCACACUGGAGAAAAACCUUUCCAAUGCUCUCAAUGUGGUAAGUGCUUCAACCACCAUACUACACUUAAAACUCAUGCGAGAAUUCACACUGGAGAAAAACCUUACCAGUGUUCCCAGUGUGGCAAGUCUUUUACGCAGCGUGGGAAUUUUCAGUCACACAUGAAAGUUCACAUGGGUGAAAAACCGUUCAUCUGCACUCAGUGUGGCAAAUGUUUUAGUCAGAGUGCUGCCCUGAAAGACCACAUGAGAAUUCACACUGGUGAAAAACCGUUCAUCUGCUCUCAGUGUGGCAAAUGUUUUCGUCAGAGUGCUGCACUGAAAGACCAUAUCAGUAUUCACACUGGUGAAAAACCUUUCAGCUGUCCUCAGUGUGACAAACGGUUUCGAAUGAAAGCUAGCCUGAGCGUCCACCUGAUGCAUCAUUCUGGUGAAAAACCGUUCAUCUGCCCUCAGUGUGGCCGGUCUUUUGUUCGGAAAUGUCACCUGGACGGACACAUGCUUCGAGUGCAUACAAGAGAAAAACCUUUUGUUUGCUCUCAUUGUAGUAAAUGUUUCAAACUGAAACAGUACCUGAAGCAACACAUGAGAGUUCACUCUGGUGGCCAGCCUUGCCCUGAGUGACCACGUGUGUAUUUGACAGUAGUCAUAUGGAGAGUCCUGAUUUCUUGUUUUGUCUAAUUAUGGAAGAGAACUUUGUAUUUUAUAUAUUGGAAAUGACAUUGAGGCGUCAUUCGUCCUCUGGUCAGUGUUUGCACAUAUGAGAUGAGUCUCCUCACUGUUGAUAAUAAUGACAGACACAGUUGUGCAGAUGUGUGUAUCAUUCAUCACAUGGUAUAUUGAGCAGUUUUCUCUCUGUCCGUCUGAAAUGUUUUCCAUUGAGUUUAGCUACGCAAAGAUAAUUGUUGGGGGUAAAGUCUUGAUAUUUUGUAUGAAUUAUUUAUUUAA